GUCUCUUUGCCAUUCACGCGGCUAUCUCCGCCUGUAUGUCACAUGUUAACGGCCUAAUGGAUAGAAUUAGCUGAAUCUGAACCAUUCUUAGUUUUUUAAAUUGUAUUUUCUAAGGUUUUCAGUGCUUGGCGUGUUUAGGUAUUGAAAAGGUAAAAUGUACAUUUUUGUCUGUGUCUUACAAACAGCUGUAAACUUCUCUCUCUGUUAUUUGUUGUGGUUUUCAUAGUGGACAAGUCAUUUGCAGAGACCCCCUCCAGUGCUGGCUGAAAGUGGUCCUCUUCCGCCUUCAGGCGAUUAAAAAUAAUAAUAAUGGCACCAGAUUCGCAAGCCCCUUCUUUUUCUGCAGUAAAAUAUUAACUUGUUUUUUUUUUCCUCUCUGUUCAAGGCAACCUUUCUUAAAAGAUAGCUGCACAACUCAAAUCAAAUGAACGGUUGGGGGGAAAGUGUGCAGAGUUAUUUCACAAGUGAAUGUCCUUGUUUUACAGAUAAUGAUCUAUGUCGUUAGUAGGCAUACAAAGGUGAGGGAUGACCCUGGUUAAACAAAAGAUAUCGCUAUCAAAAAAAGGCGCCAUCGUUGAGUCACAGUAGGACAAAAUCACAGCAAUGUGGACCAUGUCAAGAAUGUGGACCAGGCAGUUUACUCGCACAAAAAGAAGUCAGCCACAUGAGUUUGGGCAAAAAUAUUCUAGGUUCUGCUUUACAGAAAGAGUUUAAGAAUAUUUUGAAUUUGGCAUAUCUUGCCAUUGAAUUUGUGCUAUUUUAAACAUCGACUUUAAGAUUCGACACUUAAAGUGAAGGAAAUGUGGUUGUAAAGAAUAUAACUAAAACAAAAUGGAAUUGCUAAAAUUCGGCCAAAAACCCAAAACAUUUAAUUGUUUCCUACAGCUAGUUAAAUCUCAGACAACGUCAAUAGGCACUUAACUGAGAUCAGAACACUAGUUAGAUUUGCAUAUUGUUGUCCUCACUGACUAGGCCAUCUGCCAUAAGCCGUACUAAUUGCUAAGAAUGUAUUUAUUACACCUCUGAGGUUGUUUUAAGUCCAACUUUGUCUUAUUAAAGACCAGUUGUGCAAAUGGAACAACUUUCAUGAUUCAAUUUUACUCUGUUUAGAGAAAACAAUAAAUACUGGCUCUAGAUGUUGUGUUUGUUGUUUCCAGGUAUUUAAUUCAUCACAUUUAGAAAAAAUAUAUUUGGGACAUCACACAGCAAGCUCAGAUGAUGAACUAGUCAGGUGUGCAUGCUGGGGUAUAGUAUGGAAACGACAUGUGGGUAUGUUAAAGUGACAAGGGUGUUCAUGUUGCUGUGUCGCUUUGCAUAAAAUCCCCAAAUUUCCACAAGUCAUAAGCAGUCGAAAAGCUCAUCUUGAGUUUGCUGUAAAAAUGCCUUUUGGAAAUUGUCCCUCUCCAUACAUAGCUCUAAACGAGCUGAGUGACUCUAACGUUUAACAGUGGUGUUUCUUUUGUUGUUGUGUUUUACAGUUGUUUUUCCUGGUUCAGCCAGCCCUAUAUUCCAGGCCCUGCUGAAAAUGCCACCAACAGUUUUGUCCUCCGCAGCCUUUUCCUGUUUCUCAAGUGUCUGUCUGUGUGUGUGAGUGUGUGUGAAAUCAGAUGUCUCUCCCUCCCUCUCCCCCCUCUCUCUCUCUUAAAAAAGGAGAACAUUUUAAGAUUAAAAUUAGCCUGUUUUCAGAUUACACAGCCAUGGAUGAUCAUCUGAUAAGAUUUUCUCUUUGAUUUUGCUGUUUGGUUUCUUCAGCUUUGGACAUAUCUUUCAUAUCACUCUAUCAGAAUUGCUGUCAAUAGCCCUUGACUGUUUAGCACAGAUUAUGUUUUUGUAGUAUUUUGUGCAACAUACCUUUGGUUUACAAAUGUAGCAUUACAGAAAUGUGGUUGCCGAUUGUUUUUUUAAUAGUAGUGUCAGCAAGACGCUGAGUGCUUUUAGUAGAAGUUAUGGUAAGUGAUGUUGAAAUGUAUUCUUGUCUCCACAUCUGAAUCAUGAACUUUGUUUUUUUUUUUGUUCUGUAUCUCAAUGUUUUUGUGUGCUUUAUAGCGAAGCAGCCGGCGUGAGUCGCUUGUUGAUAAUGAAAUUUGAGAGCACAUCCCACGGGACAACUGGCUGUGCUUGCUAACGUUUGGUUCAUGACUUAAAAAACAAGUACAGGGGUCAUUCCUGAUGAAUCUAAAGCGAUGUCGCUGCUGGCUCCAGCCAACGCUGUAGCAGGAAUGAUGCCAGGAGGAGGUCUUCUUCCAACACCUAAUCCUCUGGUGUCGAUAGGAGCGAACCCAUUUGGAGGUCUUGGAGCUCCCAACAUGGACCAAAUAACUGCUAUUGGAUUUACGGGUCCAAACAUGAACCACCAGGCUUUUUCUGCAGACUUGCUGAAGCUUAUGCAGUCUAUUGACCCAAAACUGAAUCCACUGGUGGCUGGAUUAAACCUGACGCCGGGUCUAAAGGCAGACUCCUCCAACAAGGAGAUAGAAGAGGCGAUGAAGAGAGUCCGAGAGGCUCAGUCUCUGAUUUCUGCUGCCAUCGAACCUGGAAGUAAGAAAGACAACAAGCGCAAACAUUCCCGAUCCAGCUCGAGGUCACGGCGCAAACGGUCGAGGUCGAGGUCAAAACACAGACGUUCCAAGAGCAGGUCUAGGCGAAGUUCUCAUUCAAGGAGUAAGAGGAGGUCCAAGAGCCCACGGAGGAGGAGGACCCACUCCCAGGACAGAAGCCGUCGCAGCAGAUCGAGGGACAGGAGAAAGGAGGAAAAGUCCAAGAAAAGGUCCAAGACGCCCCCUAAAAGCUACAGCAGUGCCAGGAGGUCCCAAAGUAUCAGUCGGAGGCGCAGGAAAAGUCGCAGUACUUCCCGGUCCCCAAGGAGAAGGCCCACCAGGUCUCCGUCCCCCGGGCGGCACAAGAAGGAAAAGAAGAAGGACAAGGACCGCGAGAGGAACCGGGACAGGGACAGGAGGGAAGACAGGAACCACACCAGAGAAGAACGAGAACGUUCCACCAACAAGAAACAGAAGAACAAAGACAAGGAACGGGAGCGGGACCGCAAAUCAGACAGCGAGAAAGGAGAUGUGAAAGUUACACGGGACUACGAUGAAGAGGAGCAAGGCUAUGACAGUGAAAAAGGAGAAGAGGAAGACGAGCAGAGGAGCGAAUCAGAUUCUGUGUCGUCUCUCAGAGAUCAGGAGGAGGUGGAGAGAGACGAGCGUCAAGUCUCCAGAAGAUCCAAACUGAACGGAGACGAUCGCCACCAGGAGGACAUGGAGAUGAGCGACUAAGAACUUUUUGUGCCACCAUCUAUCGACUCCUUCACAUAUUCCUACUAUGGGCCACAUUAUGUCUGUGCCUGAUCACUGUUAGCAGGUUUUAAUCUUAACAGUAGAAUCAUUGUGGACUGAGGGUCUAGAUGUGACCAUUUUUGUAAAGAAAAUAAGAAAGGAUCAGGACUAAAAUACAAAUAACAUUAAAUGGGUUUCGAAACUAUAAUUUAUGCCCUUUUGUUUAGAGAUCAUGAUGAUUUUUGGUUUUAAUGUGGUGUAGUUUUUCUGAAAGCAGAAUAUUCAACAUUUUCAGUAGGAUUUUUUCUUAUUUGUCUGGAUUAAAUCCUUUCCUUAUUUUCAUUUAUCAACCAGCAUCAUGUUUUAACAAUCCUAACAAAAUCCUAACUUUGUUUAUAAAAGUCAUAAUAAAGCUUUUAACCACAUAUUGUACAUAUAAACAGCCUCCAAUACAGUUUUAAAGGAUAUAAAAGAAAAAGUGGCUUAAUCUCUACAAUGUUGAUGUACUAAUGUAUAAACAUUUUUCAGUUAAAAUGAAUUCAUUAUGUCAUUUCCUGAAAAAUAUGUGUGCUUUUGAAUUACUUUAGCUGAUCAACACCAUGUAGGUUUUCCUGAGGCGUAAUGCGGAUCUUCACUUUUUAGUACAUUUUAUGAAUCCAAUGUUGCAGUUUUUGCUGUACAUUUGAUAUAAAUCCUCACAAAAACCAACAAGAUGAAUUCAGGAAGAGGUGCCAGAUAAAUGUAGAUAUUGAAUUGGGUAAAGAGGCACACACUAGCUGAACGUUACUGUAUUAUGGAAUGUCCUGGAACAAUGAAACCUGGGUUUUAAAUAAAAACACUGUCUAAAUAA